CCUUUUAAUCCUGCAGAGGAGCUCCAUGAGAUGGAACGGGAAGGUCUAUGAAGAGAUCCCAAUAGCUCACAUCAAAGCUACGUACAACAACACCCACAUCCAAGUGGUCAGCUUUGACAACAGCCCCCUGGCCCGCACCUCCUGCGGCACCGAGGGCUUCCAGAACGCCAAGAAGGGCACGGCCAUCGCGGCACAGACUGCAGCCAUGGCAGCAGCAGUGAAGGCACGUGGGAAGGGUGUGUUACAUGUACGAGUCAUGGUGAAAGGACUGGGACCAGGACGCAAAGCUGCCAUCAAGGGUUUGACUAUGGGGGGUCUGGAGGUCAUCUCCAUCACUGACAACACCCCAGUUCCACACAACGGCUGCCGCCCUCGGAAAGCCCGGCGUAUGUGAGAGGGGAGGAGAAGAGAUACAGCUUCCAACGUCAGCUCAUGCAGCAGGGACU